AUGGAUUUCCUUCGACUAUUACCAGGCUUACUAUUCGAGUCCAUUCAUGUCUUGGGUCUUUUUGUCCUAGUUCCUAUUAUAAUCCUGUUUAUUUCAUCAGCCAAAUCAUACUAUCAUUUGUCUCAUAUACCCGGACCAUUUCUUGCUAGAUUCACCAACCUUCCCCGUUUACUAUGGGUCAAGAGUUUCCGUGCUCAUAAAAUACAUAUCGACUUACACAAAAAGUAUGGUCCCAUUGUACGCUUCGGUCCGAACAUGGUGAGCGUCGGAGAUCCAAGAGAGAUAGGAACCAUAUAUUCAUUCAAAAAACCAUGGUCAAAGACUCAGUCUGACUUCUACCGAUCCCUAUUGCUGAAAACACGAAGUAAACCAGUUGAAGGAAUAUUUGCCACUCAAAAUGAGGCGAUUCAUAGAGCCUUGAAACGACCCAUCUCAAAUGUCUAUUCGAUGAGCCAUCUGGUCUCCUUCGAGCCUUAUGUCAAUACUGCAAUGGACGUUUUCUGUGAACAGCUUGAGAAUAGAUUUUCCAGGACAGAAAAUGGAAGAGAGAAAACAAUUCCAUGCGAUUUUGGACAGUGGUUGCAAAUGUUCGCUUUCGAUGUCAUGGGAGAAUUAACAUUUUCCCAUCGAUUUGGAUUUAUGGAAAAGGGAGAGGAUAUAGACGGGGUAAUGGCGGAGCUUUGGAGUACACUCCAAAAGACUGCAUUGGUCACGCAAAUGCCCUGGUUAGGAGACAUCUGGACAAAUAACCCCAUUUUGCGCCUCUUUAGGAAGAACAUCCAAAGCCCUGGGGUAAUCUUUGCGAUGCGUAGAGUCCAGGAAAGGCGGAAAAUCGAAAAGGGUGAACUUCAGAAAGAGUGGAAAAUAAACAGCCGUGACAUGCUUUCACGCUUCAUGGAAGUAGAAGCUAAUGACCCAGCAGUGCCUCCAUUCGCUCUCUUAGUGUGGACUUCCUCAAAUAUUACUGCAGGCAGUGACAGCACUGCAAUGUUCCUAAGAGCCAUGUUCUAUUAUCUUCUCCACAAUCCAGGUACUCUUAAACGCCUGGUUUCAGAAUUCGAUGAAGCGGCAGAUGCUGGAAACCUUGACGAACUUGCUGGGUUUAGGCAAGCAAAGGACCUUCCAUAUUUCAACGCGUGCAUCAACGAAGCAGGUCGAAUGCACCCUCCACUUGGACUUCCUAUGGAGAGAGUAGUUCCUCCUGAAGGGGCCACUGUCUGUGGCCAGCGGCUGGAGGGUGGAACUGUGGUUGGCAUGAGUUCUUGGGUGACCCAUCACCACAAAGCAACAUUUGGUGACGAUUGUGAUAAAUGGCGGCCAGAGAGAUGGCUCUGCGAGCCAGAGCACGCAAAAUAUAUGGAAAAAUGCCUUCUCACAUUUGGUGCUGGUCAUCGUAACUGUAUAGGCAAGAAUAUCGCCCUUUUGGAGAUAUAUAAAGUUGUGCCGACAUUGUUAAGGCGUUUCCAGUUUGAACUUCUCGACCCUGAUGAAGGUGGUGACUGGGUUGUGAUGAACCGAUGGUUCGUAACUCAACGUGGGUUUAAGGUUCGUCUAAGGAGAAGAGUUUAUCCGAUAAAAUAA